AGAAAAACCCUGGUUUGGUUUUGGUGAGUGUGGCGCUGGAUCAGGGGAGUGCAAAGUCACAGGAGUCUGCGGUGUUGCCAUGUCGGCGUCGGAGAUUCUCCGGGAACUAGAUUCACUGAAGGAUGCAAAGGCAAAAAUUGAGGAUAAAAUAUCUGUGCUUGAAGCUCAACUCAGAGAGAUUAAUCUCCGAAACGACGCCGCACCCCCCAAUGGCUCUUCUUAUCCUUCUUCGUACCCCACAAACGGUUUGACGCAGGACAUGAUCCACAGAUACAGUCGUCAUCUUAUGCUUCCUUCCUUUGGUGUUGAAGGGCAGGCAAAUCUGUUGAAGUCAUCGAUUUUGGUUGUGGGAGCUGGUGGAUUGGGUGCGCCUGCAUUGUUAUACUUUGCAGCUGCUGGUGUUGGGCGCUUGGGUAUUGUUGAUCAUGACGUGGUUGAGCUGAAUAAUAUGCAUAGGCAGGUUAUCCACACAGAAGCAUAUGUUGGUAAGCCAAAAGUGAAAUCUGCCGCUGCUGCUUGUCUCUCGGUCAACUCCACUAUUGAAGUUGUGGAACAUGAAGAAGCUUUGCGGACUUCUAAUGCUUUGGAAAUUCUUAGCAAAUAUGAUAUAAUCGUAGAUGCAACAGAUAAUGCUCCUACCAGGUACUUGAUCAGUGAUUGCUGCGUGGUACUAGGAAAGCCUCUUGUCUCAGGUGCUGCAUUGGGAAUGGAGGGGCAGCUUACUGUCUACAAUUACAAAGGUGGUCCGUGCUAUAGAUGCCUCUUUCCGUUGCCACCACCUAGAACGGCAUGCCAAAGUUGUGCUGAGGGUGGAGUUCUUGGAGUAGUUCCUGGUAUAAUUGGCUGUCUCCAGGCUCUUGAGGCUAUUAAGAUUGCGGCUGCUGUUGGUGAACCACUCUCAGGAAGGAUGCUUCUCUUGGAUGCAUUGUCUGGAAGGAUUCGUAUUGUCAAAAUUAGAGGAAGGUCUAUGCAUUGUGAAGCAUGUGGAGAAAAUGCAACAUUUACACAGCAGAAAUUCCAAGAAUUUGAUUAUGAGAAGUUCACCGAGACUCCCUUGCGUGUGCCUCCUUUGAAGUUACAUCUACUUCCGAGUGAAUCUAGAAUCAGCAGCAAGGAAUACAGUGAAAUAAUUCUUAAGAAGGAACCACAUGUGCUGGUUGAUGUUAGACCAGCUCACCAUUUCAAGAUUGUAUCUCUACCGAAGUCCCUGAACAUUCCACUCUCAACGUUAGAGUCUCGGCUACCUGAAAUAUCAGCAGCUUUGAAGAAAGAGGACAGUGGUCUAGUUUCUGGAUCAGGUGCACAAUUAUAUGUAGUGUGCAGAAGGGGAAAUGAUUCUCAAAGGGCUGUUCAGUGUCUUCACAAAAUGGGUUUCACAUCUGCCAAGGACAUUGUUGGGGGCUUAGAGUCUUGGGCAUACAACGUGGAUCCCAAGUUCCCUACAUAUUAGCUGACACCCUUAGCUGUGUAAGAAAAUACUUUCAAGUUAUACUCCUGCUUGAAGUUAUUGUAUUAAUCAGUGAUGCUGCUUCCGUUUUCUAUUUUAAGUUAUUCACGAUACUCUUGGCCAUGCAUUGUUGUAGAAAACUGUAGCCUAUUACCUUUUACCUGAUUCUUUUUGUUGGGUACAAUUUAAAAUUCACGCUGUAAUAGUUACUUUUUGUAUGUUUGCUGUGGUAACAUCAUAUUACAAAUAUGGAAGUAUCUAAUGUUAAGUUAUCUUAAGU